AGUAACUUUGAAAUAAAAGGAAAUUAAGACCGACAUAAUACAAAUGCGAUGCAGAAUUGCCCUCCCUCCUCUUACAUUUAUCAAAAAGAAACCCACAAUUCAAUGUCUCUUCAAAAUUUCUUCAAAUUUCUCAAGAAAACAUUAGUUAAAGAAAGAGGAAGAAAACCUUCAGCACUUUCAGAGGGACAAUAUCGUCAAUUUUCACUAGCAGAGCUCAAGGCUGCCACCAACAAUUUUAAUCAUGAUUUGAAAAUCGGUGAAGGUGGUUCUGGCACAGUAUACAAGGGCGACAUUGAUGGUGGCUCCUUGGUUGUCGCUGUCAAACGUUUGCAUAGAUCAUCGAGAAUAGGAGUUGAAGAAUUCCGAAAUGAGGUAGAGUUACUCUGCCAGCUGCGCCACCAGAAUAUUGUCUCUCUCCUCGGGUUUUGUCACGAGAAGCGUGAGAUGAUCCUUGUGUUUGAACAUCUGACCUAUGGAUCACUGGACGGUCAUGUUUUUGGGAAUGCUGAUCCGCUCCCAUGGAAGCGGAGACUAGAGAUAUGUAUUGGGGUAGCGCGUGGAUUACACUACCUUCACACAGGUGCAAAGUAUGCAAUAGUUCACCGCGACGUCAAGCCUCACAAUAUUCUUCUGAACGAAAAUUGGGAUGCUAAGCUUUCAGAUUUUGAAUCAUCCCUAAUUGGUCCCUCUAGCUUCUCAAAGCCUAAAACCAACGCUUGGGAAGAAAUGAGGACAUCAGCAAGAGGUACCUUGGGCUAUAUGGCUGCAGAGAUGUUCUACAAAGAUCAUGAAUUAAGUGAAAAAGUUGAUGUGUUCUCACUAGGUAUGCUUCUGUUAGAAGUAUUGUGUGGUAGAAGGAUGCUUGACGCCUUCGCAGAACACACGGAAUUCAUUUAUUUGACUAGCGGGAUCAUUGAAUGCAUCAAAAACGGCUGUGUUCAUAAGAUAAUCGAUCCAUUUCUGAAAGGGAAGAUAGCACCAGUGUGUUUGGUAGAAUAUGUGGAGAUCACUCUCAAUUGUAUAUAUAUAAAUCCAAAUGAACGGCCUUCAAUGGGAGAAGUUGAAGUAACCUUGGAACUUGCAUUGGAGCUGCAGGAGAAAGCCGACUUGGUUAUCAAGGCUGACAAUCCACAUGCUGGCUAUGCCUACGAAGAUGUAUCAUUCCGUGUUUCUGUUGAAAGAAAAAGCUACUUCCCAGCCGGCUGUUGUGGUGGAGAGUCAUAUGCAACAUCGAUCUCAGAUGCAGAAUCGGUCUCAGAUGGAGGAGCGGUCUCAAUUGCCGAAUCAUAAAUUGGUAGAGAUGAGUUUGGGAAGGGGAGUCUCUCUGUAAAUCAAUUUUAAUUUUUAUUGAUGAAGAGAUUGAUGCAAUUAAAUCAAAUCGAAGGAGAAUCAACAUUCUAUUCAAAGUUCAAAAUUAAAUGGUGUUAUCAAAUCCUCAAUUACUCUGUCUUGCUGUUAAUUUACUUAUUUUGUGUGUAAUAUUACAAGUUUCACUCAAAAGUCUCAGACUUUAAU